CAUUUCAUCACAGAUAGAAAGAACAACUUCCAAACCUUCAAACAAAUGGAGUCAACCAAAACUUCCACCAAAGGUGCCGGUGGUCGAGGCGGCGGAGAGAGAAAGAAAGCCGUUCGGCAAUCCGUCAAAGCUGGUCUUCAAUUUCCCGUUGGAAGAAUCGCCCGUUUACUUAAAAAGGGUCGUUAUGCUCAACGUGUUGGUUCCGGUGCUGCUGUUUAUCUCGCUGCUGUUCUUGAAUACCUUGCUGCUGAGGUGUUGGAGUUGGCAGGAAAUGCGGCUCGAGACAACAAGAAGAACAGGAUUAUUCCAAGGCAUGUGUUGCUAGCAAUAAGGAACGAUGAUGAACUUGGAAAGCUUCUUCAAGGUGUUACGAUUGCACAUGGAGGUGUUUUGCCGAGUAUUAAUCCAGUCCUUUUGCCUAAAAAGAAGGAAUCUGCAAGUGGUGAUACUCCUGCCAAACAAACUGCUACAAAAUCUCCUAAGAAGGCUUAAAAUUAGGGAUUUGAUGUUUCCGAUAAAAUUGGUGGUGUAAAUUUUGGGAUUAUAAUUACAUGAAUCUAGGGUUAUGGCUUAAUUUUGGGUAGCUUUUCGAAGUCAUUACGGUGUGUAAAUCGUAUGAUGAUAUCAGGAUGUAGUUAGUUCUAACACUUUUUGAAGCCAUUUGGUGUGUAAAUCGGUUCAUGAAAUGGAAACU